AUGAAGCACCAAGCAUUGAAGCGCCUUCCCGGAAAGGCGUUACUAAUUUUAAUUAAUGUCGUUGCUGCCACGGCAUUGAUUUUCGAAGGGUAUAAUCAAGGAGUUCUUGGGGUCGUUAGUGGGACGCCCGGGUUCAUUGAUAUGGCAGGCAUUGGACACGAUGGGAUUGUUACCGAUACUACCAAGCAAGGCGGUCUCGUGGCUGCGUAUUACUUUGGUGGUAUGUGGGGAUGCUUCGUCGGCGGAUGGGUUGGCGACAGAAUUGGCCGCCGAGGCGGUGUCCUCAUAGGCACAGUCUUUGGCAUCCUGGGUGCUGCACUCAUGGCAGCAAGCAUCAACGCCAGUAUGUUUAUAUGUGCCCGUGUUAUUGCAGGCCUCGGUAUAGGCUUUCUCAAUGCCAUUGUUUUGCCAUGGGUUAGCGAGCUUUCUCAAUCUCACGACCGCGGCUCAUCCUUCUCCCUCGUCUUCGUCGCCAACUAUGCCGGCAUCGUUAUAGCGUAUUGGAUCAAUUUUGGUGUACGAAGCGCCCGGCUCGAAUUUCGAUGGAGAUUUCCUCUUGCCUGGAUGACUAUACCACUUCUUAUUGUGGACAUGGCGGUCCCAUUUCUCCCAGAGUCACCCCGGUGGCUCAUUGCCAAUGGUAGACGCGAGGAAGCAAUAGAGAUUCUAUGUAGGCUCCGUGGAGAUUUGGUUCCUGAUGAUCCCAAAAUCGCAAAGGAGAUUGCGCAGCUCGACGCUAUAGUUCAAGCUACGCGGCAUAGACGGAACGACUUGCUCAACAUUAUCCUGGGUGGAAGAUACUCGGGAAAGCUUCAUUUGGGGCGACGUGCUGUCAUGGGAUUUGCCUUGCAAUGGGUCCAACAAUGGUCUGGAAUUCUAGCUAUUGUUGGAUGGUCAGGAACAUUGUUUGCAUUUGCCGGAUUCGACUCUUAUAAGUCUCUCUGGCUCGCUGGUCUAGCCAACACAAUUGGUAUUCCUGGAACAGCUGCAGCCUCCCUAGCCGUUGAUAGAAUCGGCCGAAUCCAUUCUCUUGUCACGUCUUUCGUUAUACAGGCCAUCUGUCUAUUUGCUGUGGCUGCUCUUAUCAAGACUAGCCAAGACGCCGCAGUUUCAAAUCCUGAAUUGUCCACUAGGCUGGGGAGUGCAGCAGCUUCAUUCGUCUUCAUCUAUACUUGGUUUUUCACCAUGUUCAACAUUAUACCUGUUUGGAUCUACGGUACGGAGAUAUGGCCGCAAGAGAUUCGAGCCAAGGGAUACAGCUUCACCAUCUUUGGCUGGGCAACAGGCUGCGGUACAACCCAGUUUCUUAUCCCUAUGAUGCUUAGUCGUCUUGGCUAUGGAACGUAUAUCUUCUUUGCUGGCAUUAAUAUCGUUGUGGCGCCACUUGUCUGGUUAUUCUUUCCAGAAGUGGCUAACAGGUCACUGGAGGAAGUAUCAUUGCUUUUUACAAGCGAGAGCCUAUUUGCCCGUGAUAAUAUGAAGGAGUUCCAUAAAAGAGUGGGAACUGCCGGUGGUGAUGUUGCGGCAGCGGCUAGAGCAUUGUUGGAAGAAGCAGCAAAAGCUGAGGGCGAUACGCAACACAGUAAGCUAGAAAUGGAACAAGGUAAGGUAUAGCCGACAGCCUGGCGUCUGAUGAUGCGCGGCUUGUUAGUAUAUACCAAUGCUCGAGUUGCUACAUUUGACCUUGGUGCGUGCACAGGAUAUAUAAGCCACAAGACUUCAUAUUUUGAUACUAUGUACUACGCCCA